UCAGCUGUGACGUGGCGCUGGGUAUAUAAGAGCGGGUGGCGGGCACAGGCGUACGUUAUUUUUCGCCUUGUUUGACCGUCUGGAUCGCGAUCGCGGGACUGCUGCUCGAUUUUGCUGAAUAAUGGCCCGUACAAAGCAAACUGCUCGUAAGUCAACUGGAGGAAAGGCUCCCAGGAAGCAGCUGGCUACUAAAGCUGCCAGGAAAAGUGCUCCCUCUACUGGAGGUGUGAAGAAGCCUCACAGAUACAGGCCUGGUACUGUGGCUUUGAGAGAAAUUAGGAGAUACCAGAAGUCCACUGAGCUCCUGAUCCGCAAGCUUCCAUUCCAGCGUCUGGUGAGGGAAAUCGCUCAGGACUUCAAAACUGACCUGAGGUUCCAGAGUGCAGCUAUUGGUGCUCUGCAGGAAGCAAGUGAGGCAUACUUGGUGGGUCUCUUUGAGGACACCAACCUGUGCGCUAUUCAUGCAAAGCGAGUAACAAUUAUGCCCAAGGACAUCCAGCUAGCAAGAAGAAUCCGUGGGGAACGUGCUUAAUUUUUUUUUUCUGGAAACUGUUUUUGAUCUUAGUUUUUUGUUUUUUUACAAAUGUACAUAAAGUGUGAUGUCUCCUUAUUUUAUAAAGGGUUUGUUAACUGUAGAGUAGUUGACAGUAAAUUGGUAGUACACAUUUUAUAUGACAUUCCCUUAAUCCUCAGGUUUUUCAGAAAAUUUGUAUCUGCAGCUAGUCUACUUCUGUGGCCCUGCCCAUUAAGAGUCUGCAUGCCUUGGCUCCAUUCUCUCCAUACUUUGGUAUCUUUCAGUGUAACUCCAUUGUAAAUAAACUUUCCACUACCUCAAUGGUCUUGCUGUCUUGAGAUUAAGUUGGGUUGAAACAAAGCUCCCCACAUAGGGGAUUUUAAGUCGCUUGCUACAGCUUUGGCCAAUUUGUACUAGUGGCAAAGAAUUACAAAAAAUGAGCAUGGGUAGUAUUACAUUUAGACAUGCCACAUGGUGCUAGGGUUUUUGGUGGGUAAACAUAAUAGGUUUUCCUAAAUUCUUGUGUUUUUGGUCUGGACAAAAUUCAGUUAAAUUUAGAUCUAGGAGCUAGCUGAACACAAGUAGUCUGGUAAGCUGUGCACCUGGAACUUGGUGCAUUCUCUACAGCAUGCUAUGAUUUUUUUAACAAUCAAAAUGGAUGCACACUUUGGUAUCUGUGCAUAAGUGUCUGAUAUGUUUAUCCCAUCAUGAAAAAUGUUCCAACAGUUUUUAAAUAUAAUAAAUCUGCUUACCUGAA